ACAAUGGAGUAGCCUAGUUCUCUUUUGGUUAUUUCUAACUGAUAAAGCUGUGUAAUUAGCUGUAUUUCGGCAGAUAUAAACAGACAUGUACCGCUGCAUGACAAGGAGUGUGUGUAGUGGAGGAAGGGUAUGUCCCGCCCUGGUGCCUCCCUACACCCAGUCACCAUCAUGGAUGUUGAGAAACACAGCAGAAGAGAGACAUCACAGGUUGACUGAGCAGCGUUGGCAGUGCUCAGUCCGCUGUAUGAGCUCUGCAGCUGAGAAGAGGAGAUCUCUGCGCAGUGCCUUCCCAGUCCUGGAGCAGCCCCUCCAGCCCAUCCACCAACAUGUGUAUGAAGCUAACCUCCGAAAUAGCUACGCCUGCCAUAAGAAGUUCAUAGAGUUCAGUGAGAAGGUGAGGAAAGGUGGAGGGGAGAGCGGCAUCGCGAGACACACAAAGAGAAACAGGAAGUUGCUGGUCAGGGAUCGUCUGCGUCUCCUGCUGGAUGAUGAGGACUUCCUGGAGCUGUCACCAUUCGCAGGUCUGGGUCUACCGUACGGGGACAUCCCUUCAGCUGGCUGCCUGACUGGCAUCGGCAGGAUCAAUGGUCUAUGGUGCGUGUUCAUUGCCAACGAUGCCACAGUGAAAGGUGGCACGGCGUAUCCAAUCACAGUGAAGAAGCAACUACGAGCGCAAGAUGUGGCGAUUCAAAACCGCCUGCCUUGUGUUUACCUGGUCGACUCUGGAGGAGCUUUCCUACCACUGCAGUCAGAGAUCUUCCCGGAUAAGAACCAGGGAGGGAGGACGUUCUAUAACGAAGCCAUCAUGUCUGCCAUGAAGAUCCCACAGGUGUCAGUGGUGUGCGGGUCAUGCACGGCGGGUGGAGCUUACAUCCCCACCAUGGCAGAAGAGGCAGUGAUGGUGCACCGGAUAGGGACGAUAUUCCUGGGAGGACCGCCACUUGUCAAGGCCGCCACAGGAGAAGAGGUGACACCAGAGGACCUAGGAGGAGCCAGGCUUCAUGCUGAAGUGAGUGGCUGCGUGGAUCAUUUUGCCUGGGAAGAAGAGGAGGCGUACAGUUACACCAGAAACAUCAUUUCCACCCUCAAUUUCCAACUGCCCGAGGAAGAGGAGGAUGAGGAGAGGACGAGGAAAAGGAAAGCAGAGGAGGAGCCACUGUACAGUUCAGAGGAGCUUCUCGGUCUCGCUCCACAGAGUUAUAACUACAGUCUGGAUGUUAAAAUGGUCAUCAGUCGGCUGACGGACGGGAGCCGCUUCCAGGAGUUUAAAGCUCGUUAUGGAACCACACUGGUCACUGGUUUUGCAAAGAUACACAGCACCCUGGUGGGAAUAGUGGCCAACAACGGCGAGCUGUCAUACCAGGCGGCGCUGAAAGGAAGUCAUUUUGUCCAGUUGUGUGACCAGAGAGACAUCCCACUCCUCUUCCUCCAGAACACGGCACCCACAGCGGCACUAACACUCUCCAUAACACAGGCAGAGAUGAACAGUAACCGUUUGAAGGCUCAGGGUUCAAUGCUCUCAGCAGUUGCGUGCGCCUCCGUCCCCAAAAUCACUGUGGUGAUUGGUGGUUGCCACGGUGCCGACAGCUACACCAUGUGUGGACGGGCCUUUGACCCCAAUUUCCUGUUCCUGUGGCCCAAUGCCAGAGUGUCGAUGGCGGCCCCAGGUCACGCUGGCUCUCUGCUUCCCCAUGACAAUGAGCAGGAGGAAGAGCAGAAGAAGAGGGAGCAGGAGGACAAGUUUAAUAGGAGAUUAAAAGAAGAGAGCUCAGCUUUCUUCUCCUCUGGCAGACUGUGGGACGAUGGAGUCAUUUUGCCUCAGGACACCAGGAAGGUUCUCAGUGACUGCCUGGACAUCAUCAAACAGCAGCAGUAUCAGCUCUCCACAGAAAAACUGCAAUCAGCACUUCUACGUAUGUAGAGAUACCAAUGGACACUACAAACAAUGUGUCAAUCACUAAGAUUUAACUAAUGUUUUUCAUUCAGUCUGGCUGCUGUUGCCCAUCGGCCACUAAGAGAUGUCACAGCAAGCUCUGGCCUGUAUUCUGUAUGAAUGGAAAUUAUAGGUGACGAUGAGCAUUAUUGUAAAAGUGAUAAAAGAGAAAUUAUAGUUGACCUUGAAGAGAAUCUUCACACCUUAAAAUUACAGAAAUCUGGAUGGAAAUGGUUGUACAUGCUGAAUACCAAUGUGUGUGUUUGCACACUACAUAGAAAUAUCUACAGUUGAUACAGAGAUUACCUCAUUGCCAGUCCUUUAAUGUCAUAUUUGGGCAGGUGACUACUGGAUCAAACAUCCUCCAACAAAUAUUGAUUUGUUUUCUUUAAGUGUCUACUCUAUUGGACUGGGAACAGUUUAUACCAGAUGAUCAACACUGUGGCUGCUUUUACACAUUUGCACACAAGACUUGUAUUUCCACACAAGUGCCUAUGUAUACCCCAUAUGCACUAACUUUUCUACAAAAGUCACCACUCCUAGUUUUCUGGGAACAUCAGGAACAAUCAGAACAAUUUGACUGAAAGAGUUUCUUUGCAGUUUACUGACAGUUUUUUCUAUAACCAUAGUAGAUCUCACAGUUUUGUAGGCUACUGAGUUUUUUGAGUCUUGGUUAAUUCAGCAAAAGUGCCUCAUCAGGUUUUGGCCUUCAGUCUCACCUUCACAUCAUGUCUCAGGUACAUGAAGGUGCACCACACCUCAACAAGCAGAAAUCCACUCAACACUACAAUACAUGUGAAGGGUUCUCAGUAUCAGUAUUACUUAUUGUUUGAUUUAUUUUGAUAAAUUGCAACAAGUACUGUAGAUGAACGUUGAAAGUUGUCAUCUGUGUAUUACAUACGACCUGUUUCAGCCUUAACCUGGUUCAGUUCAGUUUUUUUAACUUAUGACGUGACAAAAAAAUUCAAAUCUGCUGUCCGAAAGCUUGUAGAAAUCUUUGUCAAAAAUAUAUCAUAUGUAAGAACUCAUGCUCUGUAAUUACAAAUGUAAAGUAAUCAUUGUAAUGUAGUUUUUUUUGUAUAAAAGAAGAUUUAAAAAAUAUAAAUACAUUUUUAA